AUGGACCUGUCAACCGGCAUGCUGGAUGAGGCGCGAGCCAAGGGAUGCUAUAACGAUUUUCGGCAGAUGACUUUGGGCGAUCACCUGGAUUUCCAGUCGGGAACAUACGACGCGGUAAUCAGCGUAGGGGUGUUCACGCCGGGCCAUGCCCCACCGCAAGCGUUUGAAGAGUUGUGCCGCGUAACCAAAUCCGGCGGGCACGUGGUGUUCAGCCUGCGCCCCGAUGCCCACGUCGAACUGGGGUUCAAAGAGCAACAGGAAAAGAUGGUGGCCGACGGCGACUGGAACCUGGUAUCCGUAACCGAACCGUUUGCCGCGUUGCCCAAGGGUGAACCGGACGUCAUGCACCAGGUUUGGGUAUAUCGGGUCCCGUAG